GUUGUGGUACAAGUGAGAGACGUAGCUAAAAAAAACCAAACCACAUUUCUGCCAUCGAAGAAGACACGCUUACCUAACUAAACUAAACAAACAAUCCUGUAUAAAAAAUCUCUCUUCCUCCACUCUCUCAAAAAUAUCUCCCAUUUACAGUUAUACCCUUCUCCUUCCCAAUUCUCUCAUUUUCCUCCCAACAUUUCAUUUCCCUUCCCUUCUAGAUCUCAGAUAUCACCAUGGGAGUCACUGUUCUUCAUCCUCAUGAUUGUUCUCAUAAAAACUCGGUAACAAAUCGCCGUCGCCGGAGUCCGCCACGUCAUCGAACCCCGAUCUCUCAUCCUCCUCCGCCUCCUCUCAACAACACCAAUCCGGUACGAAUUCUGAAAUGUGCCGAAGAUAUCACCGUUAAGAUACCAAUUGAAAAGCCAGAUCUGAAACCUAACCGUCAAAUCGGUUCAGAUCCGGUUAAGAUUUCGGAUCCGAUUAGAAUUCCAAACCGGAAACUGAUGCCGGCUUUGUUUUACGCUGGUCCAGUCACAUCAACCUCUCCGCCGCCUAGCGAAGUCCCUUUACCGGCGUUCUUCGCUAAGAAAAACGUCUCCGAUGCAACUAAUGAUCUCAUCAGAAUCCUGCGUUUGGAUAUCGCAUGAUUCAUUUCUUUCUCCGAUCAUCUAAAUCCACCUUAAACCGACGAAAAUGUCCGGUUCUCCGAUCAUCCAAAUCCACCUUAAACCAACGAAAAUGUCCGGUUCUCCGAUCGUUUAAACCGGUCCGAUCUCGCAUUCUCUGAUCGUCGGGAUUUAAAAGAGCUCUAGAGACAUCUUUUGUUAUGAAACGUUUUUUCGAAUUCUUCUUUUAUUUUUUCAAGGGGAAGAUUCGAAGGAAUCUUGUUAAACAAGUCUUUAGUUUCGCUUCUAGGGUUUAGUAUGUAGUAAUAUGUGAAUAGGCUUAAGCAGUUAAGCAUUUCAUUGUCUCUUUGUAGGUUCUCUUUUGAAUAAAGUUUUGGCUUGUAAUGUUUUUUUCUUAGAGUUUUCAUAAUAAUAAUCUGUUAAGUGUGAUUUAGGUUUGAAGUAGAGAAAUGUAAUCUUCUAAGUAUUUCUUAUUGGAAAUAGCUCUUUAUGUGUUUGAUAUUUUCCUCUUGUUGAUCAUCAUUUGAAUUUUAAUGAGAUUUUUGUAGAUUA